UCUGCCUCGGACCGCAAAGGAAGGCAGCCAUUGCUAAAAGAGACGGCGAAGUGCUUCCCUUCACCGGAGACCCAUCGAUUCUUAUCGUCUUCUUUUUCUUCUCUAUCUCAUUCCUUCUUCUCCGCCUCCUUCGGAGUGUCGCCUCGCCGCCGGGAGAAUCAAGAUGAACGAAAAGGCUUCCGUUUCCAAGGAACUCAAUGAGAAACACAGAAAGAUAUUAGAUGGACUUCUCAAAUUACCAGAGAAUAGGGAAUGUGCUGAUUGCAAGUCCAAAGGUCCAAGAUGGGCAAGUGUCAAUCUGGGAAUUUUUAUUUGCAUGCAGUGUUCGGGAAUUCAUAGAAGUUUGGGAGUACAUAUAUCAAAGGUAAGGUCGGCAACAUUAGACACAUGGCUCCCUGAGCAGGUUGAUUUUAUUCAAUCAAUGGGCAAUGAAAAGGCAAAUAGCUACUGGGAAGCUGAACUGCCUCGAAAUCACAGUAGAGUUGUGAUUGAAAAAUUUAUCCGUUCAAAAUAUGAAGACAAGAGAUGGGUGCCUCAUGAUAAGAGAUUCAGAUCGCCUUCAGUAAUCCAUGAAGAAAUGGCUCCUAAACUCAAGCAAGCAUCUAGUGAUAAAUCUGAGAAUGAGAGUACUAACAGAGCAAAGGCUUUAAAUAAGCAGGAUGAUUCAUCAAAAAAGACGAGGGGCAAUCUUUCAGUUCCAAAAUUGCCCAGCCUGGUAUCUUCUGGUUCAAAGGUCGAAACAAGGAGAAGCCAGCUUGUAGAGCCAGACUCCCGUAAUGUAGUUCCUUCUUUAACUGCUGUAGUCACAACAACUCCACCGCUAAAGGUUGUUUCUAUGGUUGACCUGCUCAACUUGGAUUCUGUGAAUGGCCCUAGUGAAACGGGGUCUGAAGCUUCUUCCAUCGGUGAUCAUUCAUGGGCAAAUUUUCAGUCUGCCGACCUAACCAGUUCCUUGGACAUGAAUACCACCACAAAGUCUGCCGAAGUAAAGAAGGAAAACACACAUGGAGUAGAGAAUUUAUUUAAGGAUUUAACAUCUUCAUUGCAGCCUUUGACUCAAAUCAAAACCCAGAUAGAUGUAACCAGUCCCUUGGAAAACCGUACCAAGGAAAAUGCUCAAGUAAAAAAUGAAACCACACAUGGAGUUGAGAGCCUAGCUGAGGAUCCAACAUGUUUUUUGAAUCCUUCAACUAAAUGGAAUCCUGAAACAGUUGUGAAAGAUGAUAUUAUGAGCCUCUUUGAAAUGUCCAGUAUGGUAUCUCCAUUUGUGCUUCAGCAACAGCAGCUAGCAUACCUUUCACAACAGCAAGUUCUCUUGGCUGCUGCUAAAUCUGGAAACGGACCUCCGGCAGUGCCUAGUCGAGGAACUCAUCAAAGAAGUAACAGUGAGUCAAAUGCAAUGAAUGCUAAUUUUUUGGCACAAAGUUGGUCAAACUAUGCCUACCAGAUUCCGACAAAUAUGCAUUUUACUGGGCAACCCAAUUUCAAUAACUUCAGUCAGAUGGGAAGCUCUAGUCAUCCUCAUCUAUCAGGGGGUUAUAUUUCUGCCCCUGCACCAGAUCACCAUGGAGUGGGAUCCUCUGCAUCUGCUGAUGUGAAUAAUGCUGUCGGAGUGCACAUGCCUCUUGCUUCUUCGUCCUCACAUACUGCGACUUCCAGCAGCCGUUCACUCAGUGAUUACGAUUUCUCAUCGUUAACUGAUGGUCUUUUUUUGAAACGCUGAGAAUAACGAUGCUUGCCGGUGCUGGUUCCCUCAUAUGUAGUAUCUUCAAACGUAAAUAGUGUCAAGGCUUGAGCAUACAGAUCAUUUGUUUUUUCAGCUCAUAGUUCAUUCAUUGUGUAGGGAAGGUGAAUGAUAUUAGUUCCAUUGCAGAUUCACACGUCCAUCAAAAUUUGUGAUGGAAUAAAAAGAACGGUCAAUUAUGUAAUUUGGUUGGAUGCUAAAAUGCAUUGU